CAGCGCACUUCUCCGGGGGUCCGACCCUCUCCCGGACCCAAUCUGCUUUUAGGCAAUCUCCGUCCCAUGAGAAUCCGCGUCUGUCCUCCUGCCACCCCGGCUAACGCGACACCUCUUUUCCUUCUCUACUCUUACUAUUUCCGUCCUUCGCGCAUUCUACCAUGCUCGCUCGUCUCCUCGCCAGCACGUCGAGGCAGCUCAGGCAGCAGUCCACCGUCCUCCCCGCUGCCCGCCAGUUCGCGACUUCCGCACCCGCGCGCGACGAGAACCAGGACAAGUCGCUCAGUCAGGUCCUCCAGGACGUCAGCGACGGACUUGAAAGAAACAAGCAAGCCGAAGCACAAUGGGCUGCUGAACGUCCGCGGUUCAAAUUCCAAGCGAACACCUUCGUUCGUCCACACUACUUUAGCCGAAAGCACCGUUAUGGCUACGGUCUCUGGGCAGCCCCCACGAAGCGCGCACUCGUUGCUCCCGGUGGGCGCGAAGCUGCUCGCCACGACAUCCUUCACCAGCUUGAAAUCGACCCUCUUCAUGAGCAUGCCAAUGUUCACCUUCUCUCUAAGUAUGUCUCCGACAUGGGCAAGAUCAAGUCACGCAUAGACAGCGGUCUGACCACCAAGAACCACCGCCGCCUCUCAAAGGCCAUCAAGCGUGCCAAGAUGAUGGGCCUCAUGCCUACACUCAGCAAUCCCAAGCUGCAUCCCAACUGGUCCUUCCGUAGGUAGCGUUGAUAUGAGCACAAUGCAACUCCGUUCCGGCUAGUCCCCAUGACCGAUAAUUCCUACCACGGCGCUUCGUCCUGCAAGAAUCUAAUCAUCUUUACCAAUGCCCAUUGUCAGCCCCCGUCAUGAUGUGGACAAACUCUGCAGAGGUGUAUCUGUCAAGUCACUACGGUGGCAAGGGUCUCUGCGCUAUGUU